CCGCCCCGGGGUCAUCGGAGCCACUAAAUUCGUCCAUGCGGGCCAUUGUCUUUGUCAUCUGGCAGUAGGGGAGACAUGCGCCUCUGAGAAUGGAGAUCAAGGACUCCGGCAGCGUGGUCCUGACAGCCUACCAUUCUUACGCACCGUCUAGGAUACCUAGAAUUGAGCCGAGCUUCGUGCCGGAGAUCGCGGCUGCCUCGCCGUCAGGCCACCCCAUCAGCAGCAGAAAAUCUAUCCCUCGCUGCCGAAGAAUUAACAGAAUGCUCUCCAAUGAGUCCCUCCACCCUCCCACAUUUAGCCGGUCCAACUCCCAGGCCUCCGUAGAUAGCACUUCAAUGGAGGAUUUCUGGUGUGAAGUUGAAAGUAUUAAAGAAAACAGUGAGGGUGGACUGGAAGAACAGACAGUCACUGAGGUCAAGCCUGCCGAUGAAGGAGAGCUUGAAGCCGAGUGGUUGCAAGAUGUGGGUUUAUCAACACUAAUCUCAGGAGCUGAAGAGGAAGAUGGACAGGCCUUACUCUCGACCUUGACUCGAACCCAGGCAGCUGCAGUCCAAAAGAGAUACAACACCUAUACUCAAACCAUGAGGAAAAAGAACAAGCACUCAGUCAGGGAUGUUCGAGACAUCUUUGGAGUUGCUGAAUCUCCUCCUCCAUUUGAGCCUGUUCCAGUGUCCCUUGUUCCUGCAAAUGGUGUACAGGUGCCAGGGAAGAAGCCAGUUUGGAAAGCAGUUAAUUCCAACAGUUGUCUUGACUGCGGAUUAGAUAAAGACACUCCACCAGUAGCAGAAGAGUUGUCCUUUGAGAUUUCUUUCUCAGAGUCCAUCACAGAGAUUCCCAAAGAAAAAGAAGGUCUUAAAUCACAAAGGUUUAAAAAAGAAGAUUCUUCCUUAACUAAAUUCAUUGUUCGAAAAAGCAGAUUUGGAUUAACUGAAGUAGGAGAUCUGUCUGUUGAAGACAUGAAGAAGAUUCGCUAUCUCUCUCUCAUCGAAUUGACGGCCUUUUAUGAUGCUCUGGGGAUUGAGCUGAAGAGGAACCGAACAGACAAAGUAAAAGGACGAGAAAAUGGACUCUUUAGUGUUCCACUUACUGUCCUAUUGGAAAACGAUCAAAAGAAGUUCCCUGGAAUUAAAGUCCCUCUUAUCUUCCAAAAACUUUUGCAGAAACUUGAAGAAACAGGUUUGGAAACAGAGGGAAUUCUUCGGGUCCCAGGAUCUGCAUCCAGAGUCAAGAAUCUCCGCCAAGAACUUGAAAGCAAAUUUUAUGAAGAUACAUUUGAUUGGGACCAGGUCCGCAACAAUGAUGCGGCAGGACUGCUAAAGAUGUUUAUCAGAGAGCUCCCCAGCCCUCUCUUUACUGUGGAGUAUCUGCCUGCCUUUAUUGCCCUAGUGGAAAGAAUCUCCAAGAUAAAAUUGCAAUUACAAGCUUUGCACCUUUUGAUCAUGCUCUUGCCUGAUGCCAAUAGAGAUACUGCCAAGGCCUUCUUGAUAUUCCUCAAGAAAGUGGUUGCUAAUGAAGGGAAAAACAAAAUGAGUUUGUGGAAUGUUUCCAUGAUCGUCGCACCAAAUCUCUUCAUCUACAAAGGCAAACGCUCCAAUCAAGAAGAGAUGCAGGCAGCUGCUACCACUGCACACAUUGUCCGGCUCUUGAUUAGGUACCAGGACAUUUUGUGGACGGUCCCAUCUUUCCUGAUUACUCAGGUGAGGAAAAUGAAUGAGGCAGCCAUAAACAACACGAAGAAGCAACUGAUAUUUGACAAAAGCAUGAGAAAACUUCUCAGAAGGAAAACUUUGGAACGAGAAAGACCUGAAAAGAUAGAGCCGACCAGCCCUAGGACUUCAAAGACACUGCCAACGUCUCCAUCUUCAAGGAGGAAGUCUGAUAUACCUGAAGGAGUCAUUAGAGUACAUGCACCUCUUCAUUCCAAGGUAUCCAUGGCCAUUCAGCUCAAUGGUCAGACCAAAGCCAAAGACAUCCUGGCUCGAUUUCACUGUGAGAACAGCCAUGAUUCACCAGGAAGCCUUAAGACUCAGAACCAAAGCUUAUAUGAAAUUGGAGGCAAUAUAGGGCAGCACUGUUUAGAUCCUGAUGCCUACAUGUUGGAUGUGUAUCGUGCAAAUCCUCAUGCGGAAUGGGUGAUAAAACCAAAGACGAGUUGAAACUUCAGGAAAUACCCUACUUCUGCAGGAAAGGACUCCACUUGUAUUUUCUAGGUCAAGAAAGUGAAGAAUAUGGUGGAAAACCAAGCGGCUGCUUUUGACUCUCUCUGUCCUUCCCAACCCUCUUAGUCUUGAGAUGCUUCUCCAAGCCAGAGGGUAUUGAUGUGUUCAUUGAUUACCAAUCUGUGAACCCUAAGAUAACUUCCAGUUACAACCAUCUAAGCAGGAGUUUUCUUAUGCCAGUUACUUGACCUACAAAGGAAGGAUGAUGGUACUUUCAGAGAGGCCAAGCUGGACAACGGAAGUUUCAUCCUCUCCAGGAUUUUGACUUGAUAACUAAAGUAAAUGGUGUCCUCUGUGUGGAUGCCUGUCUUACUCAAUUUUACAGCCUACUAAAUGUAGCAAACACUACCAAAUAUGAAAGACAAUGGCCGCCAGGGGGGUGGUUUUGCUAGUAUUCCAAAGCGAGUUUCUCCACCACCUUUAUAUAUAUAUAUAUAUAUAUAUAUAUAAUAACAACAUAGGGCUGCUUCUCAGAAGAAGAAUGAUGGAAAU